AUGCCUUUUAUAGGAAUUGUUGACCCUCCACCUAGCCCCAACUUAACUCUGACCAAGGACUUGUCCAUCGGACGCCAAUCUUAUCCACAAAACUAUCCUAGUGUGCUAAUUUUGAAUGAAAACCUUGAUCGAUUUGGAGGCGAUUUGGAGAAUCACACUUUUUCACCAGCCGACUCUUAUCGUCUUAAUGUGACCAAAGGGCCUGAUGCUGAUCUCAAUUCUUUUGGUUUGUCUGGCUUGUCCAUAUUCUCUAGGGUCGAACUCGAGGCUGGCAUGAUAACGGAUGUCGUUUCACAGCUUUCUCAAUAUACUAAACGCGUAGUCGACAUAUAUGUGCCGCAGAUCACAUCAAUUAAUCCGAUAUCAGAAGGGGUUGCCCUCGAUUGUGAGAAGCAUCCAAAUGGCUUAUCAGCUCCUCAAAUGAAUAGUCUUUAUACUCAAACUCAAUCAAAUCUCCGAUCACUAUCAACACCUGUGGAAACUGCAAACUGUACAUGCUUCGUUUCUAUUCUACCUUCCCUUGAACAGCUGGUUGAUUCUUUUAACACAAUAAAAAAACGCUGCACUCAUUAUCCUAAAAAUUCAUUAGAUACUAACAGUAUACGUCCAUCCGAUUCUUACCCAAGGUUCAGUAAAGCAAAAAAAGCUGAUCUUCCAACUUGCCUAACUCGACCUACUGGCUCUGCAAAUAGUCUUUUAUCACCCAGCACCACAUUUACCCCUGGGGAUUCUAGCAUAUGCAUAUCUGCCAAUUCUUUUGCGAAUUUUUCACAUUGCGAAUUUCAACGUUAUCAGCAGCAUCCAAGUUUCCCAAGCAACGGUAAUCUUUCUCAUCUUGAUUUUUGUAAUUCCUUGCAUGACAUUCCCCAUUCGGAAUUAUCUAAUCCUUAUACUUUGAGAUCAACUAACUAUCAUUCUGAGGCUAACAGUGCUUUUUCCAGAAGAUCAAAGAAUUUUGCCACCAUUGUCGACUCUUUCCGGGACCUUGAUACUGAAUUAGAUGAGUUAUCUUCUGAGGCACGAGGGUUCGUCAUCCUAAUUUUAUCCUCAUUUCUCUUUAUGCCUAUAUGA